AGCAGCCCCAGGAGAGUGAGAGCCGGACCGGCUGGACCCCCGGAGGAGGACCCGAGAGAGAACCACGUUGCCACGGGAGAGGCCUCAGUUCAGGGCUGCAAUAUGUUCACUUCUGUGAAAGCCUUUGAGGGGCAGCAGUACUCCACCCUGAAGAGGCAGUGCUUGCAGAGUGGCCUGCUCUUUGAGGACCCCCGAUUCCCCGCCACUGACGACUCACUCUUUUACCAGGGCAACAGGAUCGGACGUGUGGUCUGGAAGAGGCCUCGGGAGCUGUGUGAAGAUCCUCACCUCUUUGUAGAUGGAAUCAGCGCACACGAUUUACAUCAGGGACAGCUGGGUAACUGCUGGUUUGUAGCGGCAUGCUCCAGUCUGGCCUCCAGAGAAUCUUUGUGGCAAAAAGUCAUUCCCGACUGGAAGGAGCAGGAGUGGGAUACAGAGAAGCCAGAAUCGUACGCCGGGAUAUUCCACUUCCGCUUCUGGCGCUUUGGCGAGUGGGUGGAUGUGGUGAUUGACGACCGGCUACCGACGGUGGACAACCAGUUGGUGUACUGUCACUCCAACGACAGCAACGAGUUCUGGAGUGCCCUGGUGGAGAAGGCCUAUGCCAAGGUUUAUGGCUGCUACGAGGCUUUGGAUGGGGGAAACACGGCCGAUGCACUGGUGGAUUUCACAGGUGGCGUUUCAGAGCCUGUGGACCUGCUGGAGGGUCAGAUGGCGACGGACGAGGUGGCCCGAAACCAGCUGUUUGAAAGAGUCCUCAAAGUCCACAACAGAGACGGUCUCAUCAGCUGCUCCAUCAGGGCUACCACGGUAGAGGAUAUGGAGGCACGGCUGGACUGUGGCCUGGUCAAAGGACAUGCCUAUGCCGUAACAGACGUACGGAAAGUGCGGCUAGGUCACGGACUGCUGGCCUUCUUUAAAUCGGAGAAGCUGCACAUGAUUCGCAUGAGGAACCCCUGGGGAGAGAAGGAGUGGAGCGGCCCCUGGAGUGACAGUUCAGAGGAGUGGAACAAGGUGAGCAAAAGUGAGAGAGAGAAGCUGGGUGUCACCGUGCAGGACGACGGAGAGUUCUGGAUGACGUUCGACGACUUCUGCCAGUACUUCACCGACCUGAUCCUGUGCCGCCUCAUCAACACCUCCUACCUGAGCAUCCACAAAACCUGGGAGGAGGAGGUGAUGAGGGGCUCCUGGAUCCACCGCCAGGACCCCCUUCGCAACCGGUCCGGAGGCUGCAUCAAUCACAAGGCCACCUUCCUGCAGAACCCCCAGUACGUGUUUGAUGUAAAGAAGGUGGAGGAUGAGGUGCUGAUCUGCUUACAGCAAAAAGAAAAGAGAGCCACACCCAAAGAAGGCAAAGGGGAAAACCUUGCCAUAGGCUUUGAUAUUCACCGGGUGGAGCUUAAUCGUAAGUACCGUAUGCACUCAGCCCAGCAGAAAGUAGCGGGCUCCAUCUACAUCAACUCGCGCUGCGUCUUCCUCAGGAAGGAGCUAAAGGAGGGCCGUUACGUCAUCAUUCCCACAACCUUCGACCCCGGGCAGCAGGGCGAAUUCCUGCUCCGUGUCUUCACUGAUGUGCCUUCAGACUGCAAAGAGCUGACUCUGGACGAUCCUCCUCAGACAUGUUGGACAGGGAUGUGUGGCUACCCUCAGCUGGUCACUCAGGUCCAUGUACUGAAUGCUGAGGGUCUGCAGGGACAGGACACCAAUGGAGCUGUAGAUCCGUACGUGAUCAUCACCUGUGAAGGAGAGAGGGUUCGUUCACCGGUUCAUAAGGACACACGGUGCCCAAACUUUGACAUCAAAGGCCUGUUCUACCGCAAGAAACCCAAGGACGGCAUCCACAUCGAGAUCUACAACAAGAACAUGAUCGUGGACACCUUCCUGGGUCAGGUGAUCAUGUUCAGCGAUCCCAACGAGCGGCAGGAGCAGCACACGCUUCACCUCCGUGACAAGGGCAGCCGACAGGACAACGACCUUCCAGGCACGCUCACUGUGCGCCUCAUCACCUCGACCACGCUCACCAACAUCUGAUGCGAUCAUUAAUUAUUAAUUAUGAAGAUCAACAUUCAAGGUGGCGUUCAAUGGUGCCCGCCGGUCAUGUUCGCCGUUGGUCGUCCAACCAUGGCGGGAGCUCACUGUGUCUUUCUUUCUGCCGCUUGCGCUCUCUUUGUGUCUCUUAUUGUUUCCCCAUUUUCUUCCGGUCAGCAUAUAAAUUCAGAUUAAUUACAUGGGUUUUUGAAGCCCUUCUUAAAGUCAGUUUUGUUGCAGGUUUUGUAGCCACAGUCUUCAUCAACAGCUGAGCUACAAUGUAACUAAUAUUUAGGAAUAUUAGCCUCAAUCACUUCAUUGGUCUGACCCAAAUCUACAAACAUAUUAUUUUUCUUCUGCAUAGUGUUAUAUUGAAACACACACUCAUACAUACACACACAACACGCAUGCAGAUAUGUCUGCAGUCUCCAUGCAUGUGCCAAUGUUUCCAAGGGCUAUGCAUUGCCUUAAGGUUGAGUCUUUCUCUCCACCUUGAGCAGGCGGGGGAUAAUGUUAAAUACUCUUCUCCAUCAGCUGUCCUCAGUGUUAGCACAGCCUUCAUUUCUGUUCCCACUUUUUUUCUGUCCUAUUCUUAGUUUCUGUCUCAGAUAUAUCGACAUAAUGUUUCCUCUUUUUACAUCUGUGGUUAAUCGUCCCACCCAGUCGGCUCACCCAGACACCUCAAGUCUUCACCAGUUUGCCGGUGCUUUGGAGAGCAUGCAGCACUGUCUGUCACUUUUUAUUGUGGACUUUUACAAACGAAAGCCAACAGCAGCUAUUCUCUCCCUCUUUACUGAGAGCUUUUCUGUGUUGUUCUGUGAGCGCUCAUGUGUGAAAUCUUGCCUCCCGUCUUCCAUCACUAGAACCAUUUCAAACUCCCCAAGACGCUUUCUGCCGGUUGCUAUGGAUGAUCUAAAAACUGCAUGGCCUAAAAAAAACUAAACUCUUUGCCUGUGCUGCACAUCUCUCCGGUCAUAGCUUAGCAGCCGGUGCUUUUGAUAGUGCUACCAAUCCUCUUUGACCCCUCCCCUCAUGUGUACACCUUCCUAGUCCAGCGGAGUGCAAAGAUUCACCCUGACAUAAUCAAGUGCUUUAUGGGACCAAAGAUGAGCCUCCACUCUCUUAGUCCCUUCCGGACCGCCCUGGCCUGGCCUGGCCCAAGCCUAGCUACAAACCACCACCCCCUGUGCCACAUCAUCUCUUUACGGCAACACCACUGCCUGACGCUUCCUCUGACUUGAGUCUUUUGGCCCAGGCCGAAGGCUCAUGCCACGUGACCCCGAGAGACAGCAGCUGUGCUUCUGCUGUUGGCACAGAACAGGCGUGUGUGUGUGUGUGUGUGUGUGUGUGUGUGUGUGUGUGUGUGUGUGUGUGUGUUACAGUGUUGCUCCACAGCUAAAUCCACACUAAUACAAUUUAGUUUUUAAACGCAUAACUGCUACAUUUACAUACUGCUUGAGCAUCCUUGAACCCCUAAAACAGAGACUUUUGAAAACACUGCUGCCCCCGUUUUAGUUUGACAAUUAGUUUGAAAUGGAGGCUUUUGAAAAAUGAUGAUUCAGAUACCCACAUUCGCUUCAUGAUUGGGUCUCAGCCAUCUGAUGGUUAAUCCAACAUGAAUAACUAAUUACUGAUGUUACUGUCUAUGCUAGCAGCUGUUGUGCAGUUAAGUUCUGCAUUUUAUAAUGCUACUACUUUCUACUUAUGCAGUGGAUGAGCUAUUAUUUAAGUGAUUUGUGACCAUUCCUGUUUGUGUACAUUAAUGGUAAUGUGUAAUAUUUCUGAAACAGUGUUAAAAAGGCUUGGAGAUUAAGAGACAGGAUGAAUAUUGUUUUGAAAUGAAAAUGUAGGUGGCGCCCGGUAGUUCGCCUGUAAGUAUCAAUCCUUAUUGCCCUUUGCUGCUUGUCCUAUCUACCCUGUCAUGAAACAAAGAAAAAGUGGCCAAAUAAGUAAUCUUUAAAGUGAAAACAUAUUAGUGUGGAUGUAGUCUGAGCACCAGUAUCCGGGAGUGCUUGAGGGUGAAUGAAUGUAUCUAUUAAUCCACGUUGUACCUGGAGGAAAACGAUUUCAUGAGGAAAGGUGUGAACUGAAACGAAGAGAGCCCUUUAGCGGAACACACACCUUGCACUUUAUAUAUGUUAAAGGGGGGGAAAAAACCCUUUUUGGAUGAAAGCGAGAGGAGGCCAAGCAGAGAAGGCGUCCUGCCAAACAACCUGUGCCAUCGCCUUGGUCCUGGCUUUGCCUCCACAGCAGGAAAAAUGGGACAUAAAUUGAACUGUUUAGUGAGUUAUGACAGAUUUCAGACUGCUUUUGCAUAUUGAACCAACACUGGUACAAUGUAGUCUAUCUCUAAUGAACUAUGGCAUUUCUUGAUCAUGUGGCCAUCCAAUUUGACCUUUUAGCACCUGGACUUUUUGUGACAGAAAAUCACAAUUUGUGUGUUUUGUUCUUUAAAAAGUGCAAUAUCAUUGCAAAGACCUUUCAUUCCAAGUUUUAUUUACUUUGGGGUAUUUUUGUCAUUUUUGUUGUUGUUGUUGUUAUUCAUAACAAGAAUUUAAAAUGUAAGUUAGCCAUUAUCAAGACAUUUCCUUUGAAUGUAAGACAAACAGUUAGUGGACUCUCUUAGUCAAACUAUCAAAGUCCGUUUUCCUGAUUUUUCAGCGCCUUUUUCCAUUACUUGAACUGUCACACAUGGCAUUUAAGUGAUUACACACACACCUUUGUGUACAGCAUCUUUAUAAAUGUGUCUUGCAUGUUUUUUUUUUCCAAUAUGUUCAUGGCCUUGUAUUGUACUGUUCAAUUGUUACUAUAUAUAUUUAUUCUUUCUAUCUCAAAAGUCUUGGAAAUGCUAGUUUUAAGCAGUCAGCAUGUGUAACACUAAUGCACCUCAUGUCAGUCUGAUCAUAUCAACAGUUUUGAAACAGUUAUGUCUUGUAAUACAGUGAUACAUUCAUAAUGCCUCUUACAUCGGUGAACAUUAGCAGCAGUUGUUGACUUCUAUUUAGGUGCUAUUUAUCUUCUCUGUGCUCUUUUAUGUUGUUCGGGAUGGAAGAUCAGUGUUAAGCUACAUAACAAGGCUGAAUUCAGAAAAUGUUGUUAGCCUGCAGACAGACAGUGUUAGAAACUGUAGUGCCAAGCAGUGUAAGGUUAGAGAUGUGAGCCUGUAUUUGGAUAGCUGCUGGUUUAUAUUACUGACCUGGUGGGAAAAGAAAGAAGCCCUUCUCCCUCACUCACUGAGUAACGGUGAAGUGUCCUUGUGCAAGGCACUGAACUCCUAACUGCAGCAUUGGAGCCUCAUAUACCCCUUUUUGACCAGAGCCCGUUCCAUAGCAGCACAAACUCUUUGCUGGGCUUGAAUCGCGAACUGGUGGGAUUAUCUGACCAACUCAAUGUCAUUGAGAGAGACCAACUAAAAUGUGUACCAUUCAUUUAUUUGAUUUGUUUAGCUAUAAUGUGAUUGAUACGGGCUAGCUAGCGGGCAAACGUUAGCAGGCUAGCGCAAGUUGAACCAACUGCGAAUCAGCCGGGAACCGGCUCUGGUCAAAAAAGGGUAUUAAUGGUCAGCUAUUGUACAACUUCCAGGUGUGACUGGAUGCAAGUGUUUGACUCUAAUCAUCCCCAGGUCAUUGCCGUUGAUAUGUUCAUCUUAAUAAUGAAACAAGGGUGGAAUGAAGGGUUUAUGUAAGAGAUUAAUGGUACCAAAGGGGUAAGGUAGGUGUGCUACCUGGCAGCACACAGUUCUGGGGGUGAAACUAGCACUAGUUUGUGCCUCUCAAGUAACCACUGAUUUUCAACAAAAGAAAUAUUCUGCAAUCUUUAAAAAAUCAGAAAGUUGUUUAAGAAAACAAUAAAGGCACAAAAUGGGGCUAGCUAACACUGGCAUCAACUAAAGACUAACAGACAAACAUUUGAACCCUAAUUGAGCUAGCUUGCCGGGUACACACACAGGUUUGUUUUGUAUUCCAGAGUUUUUCUUUAACUGAUGCCAAUAUUUACAGGUUUCUUAGCAGUUGUGUUAUUUCAUGGCUCCCUUUUUUUUUAGUUUUUUUUUUAUGGAUGUGGUACAGAAAUAUAACAGCCAACACACAACCUGACAGCUUUGAUUUAUAAGGGGAUUUGGGGCUUCAGAGUAUGUGUCACUUGCAAUCAUACAGUAAUGGUAAGAGUAAGGAGCCAAAAUAAUAGUGUGUCAAGCUCAAUGUGAAAUCUUAUCACGCUCAUGUGCCACAGCAGUGCCAAAAAGACGAACGACCCGUUGAACAGGGAUGCUUUUGUAAAGACUUUUGGACAAACGUAAGACAGGUGAAGUUAUUCAUUUGAGUUUUUUGUACCUUUUUUGUUUAUCACUAAAUGUUCUCUUGUUUUUUAUUUUUAUCAUGAAGUGACUGUCAUUGUGUUGCUAUGAUUACUUGUAAUUGUUGCACAUUGUGAUUAUUUGCCAAAAGUGUUAUGGCUUUCACUGUUAACCACCAGAGGCA